AAGACCAUUUACUUGUAUCUCUAUAUAUAUAUAUACAAGUUAAUGAUCACAAAACACAGUCUCAGUCAUAUUCUAAAUUACUAACCAAAUAUGGCACAAGAACAAAGUCUAUUCAGUGAAGUAAUGAGCUUGCAAACUAGCAACGAACUUGUCUUUCCGGCAGUUCUCAAACCAAACCCGAAUAUUUUUAAGCCAAUCCAACUUCCAGAUGCUAUAAAAGCUAACACGAAAUGGAUAGAUUCUCUUCUCCUUCAAUACAGUGCUGUUUUGUUUAGAGGCUUUCCUGUUUCCACUGCCUAUGACUUCAAUGAAGUCGUUGAAUCCACUGGCUACGAUGACUUUCCUUAUGGGGGUGCUGGAGCCAGGACUAAAGUUUGCGGACGAGUUUAUACUGCUAAUGAAUCACCACCUGAACAAAAAAUCGGUUUCCAUCACGAGCUAUCUCAUCUUAAUGAAUCUCCAUCGAAAUUAUUCUUCUUCUGUGAAGUGGAACCAGGAAGUGGUGGAGAAACUUGUAUAGUUUUGAGCCAAGUGAUUUACGACAAGAUGAAACAAAAGCAUCCGAAGUUCAUCCAACGGUUGGAAGAGAAAGGGUUGAUUUACAACAGGGUCAUGGGAAAAGAGUUUGAUUCUUCAUCGGCAAUAGGUCGUGGCUGGAAGGAAAUGUUCUCGACGGAUGACAAAAAAGUAGCCGAGGAAAGGGCAGCCAAGUCGGGAACAAAGCUAGAAUGGAAAGGUGAUAAUGUGAAAGUUGUAGUAGGUCCCAAGCCUUGUUUUAGAUAUGACGAGGCAAGACAACAGAAGACCUGGUUCAAUGGUCUUGCAACUUCAUACGGAGUCAAGGAUCAGUUAAACGAUGAUCCAUCAAAAAUAGUUGUUUUCGGUGAUGGAGAACCGCUACCUCCUGAAGAGGUGCAUGACUAUUUAAACAUGUUGGACGAAGAGUGUGUUGCAUUGCAAUGGCAAAGGGGUGAUGUUCUUUUGAUUGAUAACUUGGCAGUUCUUCAUUCACGGAGGCCUUUGCUCACCCCACCUCGCCGCAUACUUGCUUCGUUUUGCAAAUAAAGGCUUUAUAAGUGAGAUCGUGUCGUGUUAUAUAUGUUUGUCAAUGUGUGUGUGUUUCCUUACAUGUGAAAUUUUCACAAUGAAUAAACCUUGUCAAAGUGUGUUUGAAUCUUUAUAAACUUAAACAUACAUAUAUUUUAUACAUUUUGAUAA